UUGGCCGGAGUGGAUGUCGUUUCGCUUGCCGCCGCCGCCGCCGCCGCCGUCGUCGUCGUCGGGAUCGUCACGUACGCUUAACGGACCGGGACGCGUCAUGGAAUCCUGAUAGUGCACGAGGAUACCCUCGUCCGAAGGCAGCAAGCGGUUCUCAACCUUGAGCAACAGUCCUGUGAGAGUGUGCCAUCAUCAUGGAUGGGAAAGUGUACACCGAGAAAGUGAAGAAUCCCAGAGCGGGCGCCAACAUCUUCAGCGUCUUGACAUUUUCUUGGGUCCUACGCAUUUUCUGGGUGGGUUACCGCAGGGAUCUUGAAGUAACUGAUUUGUACACCCCGCUUAAAGAGCAUACAAGUGGUAUUCUUGGUGUUAAAAUAGCGAAUGCCUGGGAGAAAGAAUGCGAGGCGUACCAGCGUCGACUGGAGCAGAGCACGAAGAGCGGGUCGCAGAAGGAAGUCAAGGAGCCAAGCCUGAUGAAGGUCCUCAUCAGGUGUUUCGGCUUCAAGACCCUGCUGUACGGGAUUUUUAUGGCCGUUAUGGAGAUCUUGCUCAGGGUGCUGCAACCGUUAUUAUUGGGUCAGAUGUUGCUCUAUUUUAACACCAUGGAUGUUGACAAGUUCUAUGCUUACCUUUGCGCCGCUGGCGUCAUUCUAUGCUCCGCUCUCAACGUGUUCGUCGUCCAUCCCUAUAUGAUGGCCAUCCUGCACAUGGGCAUGAAGGUCCGCGUGGCCUGCUGCUCGCUUAUUUACCGUAAGAUGUUGAAGAUGACCAGAACCGCGCUGGGCGAGACGACGAUCGGCCAGGCGGUCAAUCUGUUGUCCAACGACGUCAACAGAUUCGACGUCAGUAUCAUAUUUCUCCAUUACCUAUGGCUCGGACCUUUGGAGACCAUUAUCAUCACGUACGUCAUGUACCACGUGAUCGACGUUGGAGUGUCAUCUAUCAUUGGCGUCGCCUCUUUGUUGAUGUUUAUCCCUUUACAAGCGUGGCUGGGCAAAAAGUCGUCGGAGCUGAGAUUAAAAACCGCCAUCAGGACUGAUGAAAGGGUGCGAUUGACGAAUGAGAUUAUUAGCGGAAUUCAAGCCAUCAAGAUGUAUACCUGGGAGAAUCCCUUUAGCGCGCUCAUAGAAAAAGCAAGAAGCAAGGAAGUUAAUGUCAUCCGAUGGGCGUCGUAUAUCAGGGGUGUCACUUUGUCGUUCAUCAUCUUUACCACGAGGAUGUCGCUGUUCAUUACAGUGCUGGCUUACGUGUUGUUCGGCUACAAGAUAACGGCCGAAAAAGUCUUCGUGAUAACUGCCUAUUACAACAGUUUACGCACAACUAUGACUGUUUUCUUCCCACAAGGGAUAACGCAGGUUGCGGAAGCAAUGGUAUCUAUAAAACGGCUGCAGAAGUUCUUGAUGUAUGAGGAACUGACACCUCCCCAGAUCGAAGCGAAGAAGGACAGCAAGGAUAACGCGAAAGAAAAUAACAAGGAAGACGCGAAGGAGAGUAAUAAGGAAGACGCGAAGAAGAGUAACAAGGAGAACACGGAGGAUCUGGUCGAGCAGAAGAAGAGUAACUACAUGAUCGCAGAUCAGCCGAAUCAUAUCGAGCACAGCAUAUCCAUCGAGAACGGCAGUGCCAAGUGGUUGGACUAUGAGCGAGAAGACACCCUGCAGAAUAUUAACAUAAAGGUGCACCCCGGUGAACUGAUCGCCAUCGUCGGCCAGGUCGGCGCGGGCAAAAGCAGCCUGUUAAACGUCAUCCUGAAAGAGCUACGUUUGCAAGAAGGCUCCAUUCAAGUUAACGGCAAGAUUGCUUAUGCCAGUCAAGAACCGUGGCUGUUCGCAGGAUCGGUGAGACAGAACAUUCUAUUCGGACAAAAGAUGGAUCAAAUCCGAUACGAUCGCGUGACUAAAGUGUGUCAAUUAAAGAGGGAUUUCAGCCUGCUGCCUUAUGGCGAUAAGACGAUCGUAGGCGAGAGGGGUAUCAGUCUUUCCGGUGGUCAGCGUGCAAGAAUAAACUUGGCCAGAGCCGUUUACGCCGAUGCCGACAUAUAUCUCCUGGACGAUCCCCUGAGCGCCGUUGACGCCCAUGUGGGCAAGCACAUGUUUGAAGAAUGCAUCGAAAAAUAUCUACGAGGCAAGACUCGGAUUCUCGUGACUCAUCAAUUGCAAUAUCUGCGCGACGUCGGUAGAAUUAUUGUUCUGAAAGACGGGGCCAUCCAGGCUGAAGGCACCUAUGACGAGUUGGGCUCUAUGGGGGUGGAUUUCGGUCGGCUGUUGGAGAAUCAAGCGAAAACGGACGAGAAAUCCUCUCGACCCCCCUCCGCUCCCGUUAGCCGUAGCAAUUCACGUACCGCCAGCAUCACGUCGCUGAGUUCCUUCAUGACGAAUGAAACUUCAAAACAAGAACCUGAAGAGGUGGCUGAGAUGCGAACAGUAGGCAAUGUUUCCGGCGAUGUAUACACGGGUUACUUCCGCGCUGGCGGCAAUUGGUGUAUUAUAUUUAUGGUGGUUAUGCUUUGCAUAAUGACACAAUUAGCAGCCAGCGGCGGUGACUUUUUUAUUGCGCGAUGGGUUGAUAUAGAGGAAAACUAUAUGAAUCAAACGGACGAGGGCGUCGUGGAAGAUCCGGAGAGUCCCUUCACUCGCAUGGAGUGCAUCUACAUCUACAGUGGGCUGACUCUGCUAACAAUCGUUAUCACUCUGACUCGUUCGUGGGCUUUCUUCUGGACGUGUAUGCGGGCUUCAAUACGCUUGCACGAUCGUAUGUUCCGCAGCAUCAGCCGCGCCACUAUGCGAUUCUUCAACACCAACACGUCCGGACGUGUGCUCAAUCGUUUCUCCAAGGACAUGGGCGCGGUAGACGAGAUGCUACCGACUGCGCUUAUCGAUUGUAUCCAGAUCGGUUUAUCGCUGCUAGGCAUCAUCGUCGUGGUCGCCAUCGCGAACGUGUGGCUGUUGAUACCCACGGUGAUUGUCGGUAUUGUCUUUUAUUACCUGAGAUUCUUCUACCUGGCCACCAGUCGUAGCGUCAAGCGUCUCGAAGGCAUCACCCGCUCGCCGGUCUUUGCACACCUGAGCGCGACUCUUCAAGGACUACCGACGAUCCGCGCGUUCGGGGCGGAAAUGAUUCUUACGAAGGAAUUUGAUAAUCACCAGGAUCUUCAUUCGUCCGCGUGGUACAUCUUCAUUGCUUCCUCGCGCGCCUUCGGCUUCUGGUUGGAUGUUUUCUGCGUGCUGUACAUCAUGUUGGUCACGCUAAGUUUUCUUGUGCUGGACAACUACGGUCGCGGCUCGAUGGACGGCGGAUACGUAGGCCUGGCGAUCACGCAGAGUAUCGGUCUCACUGGCAUGUUCCAAUGGGGUAUGCGCCAGAGCGCCGAGCUGGAGAACCAGAUGACCUCGGUGGAGCGCAUCCUUGAGUACAGCAAAGUUUACAGCGAGCCACCUCUCGAGAGCACCCCUGAUAAAAAGCCUAAGUCCGAAUGGCCGCAGGAAGGCAAGAUCCAGUUCAAGAACGUGUUCUUGCGCUACGCGCCGUUGGAACCGCCAGUUCUCAAGAACCUCAACUUCGUCGUCUUCCCGCGCGAGAAAAUCGGCAUCGUCGGUAGGACCGGCGCCGGCAAGUCAUCCUUGAUCCAGGCGCUCUUCCGCCUGGCCGACGUGGACGGUGUGAUCGAGAUCGACGGAGUCAACACGGGCCAGAUUGGUCUGCACGAUCUGCGCUCCAAGAUCAGCAUAAUCCCGCAGGAACCGUUCCUGUUCUCCGGCAGCCUGAGACGGAACCUCGACCCGUUCGACUCGUACACGGACGAUCCGCUGUGGCGGGCACUUGAGGAGGUCGAGCUGAAGGAGAUGGGCCUGGAGGCCCACAUCAAUGAGGGCGGCUCCAAUCUCAGCGUUGGCCAGCGGCAGCUGGUCUGCUUGGCGCGCGCCAUCGUCAGAAACAACCCAAUACUCGUGCUGGACGAGGCGACCGCGAAUGUGGACCCGCGAACGGACGAGUUGAUCCAGACGACGAUCAGAAAGAAGUUUGAGAAAUGUACAGUGCUAACAAUCGCUCAUCGACUCAAUACCGUCAUGGACAGCGAUCGCAUUCUGGUGAUGGACGCCGGCAGCGCGGUGGAAUUCGAUCAUCCCCACGUGCUGCUGCAGAAGGAAACGAGCUACCUGAAGAGCAUGGUGCAUGAGACCGGCACGGCGAUGGCGGAGGCUCUGGCCGGCGUUGCCCGCGACUGCUAUCAGAGUCGCGCAUUCACGGUGCUUUGAUACAUCAUCGACGUUAAUUUCUCGCAAUUACGUCCGACAGACACUGUGGUAGGUUGCUGCGAAAGUUCCGUUAGUGUUUGCGACCAUUUCUUAGGCAAAAUUCUAGGGAUUCGAAAAAUAAUAGGAAAGGUGGAGUUGCAGGGUGAAAUUCUGUCUGAGAUUUUGUUAGAAUUUACAAUUGUCAGGGUUUACUUUACAUUCUUAUCUUUGUCCUCUGUAUUCUAUUCACAUGGAAAUUCUAUUGUAUUGUUUAUUCUAUUGUAUUCUUUCGACGUGUUAUAGUUUUCAGGAUUUUUCAUUUAGAAUUAUCAGCAUUCGUGAAUUUGGAUAAUUAAAAAAGGAAAAUCCAGAAACAAAUAUACGAGGAUGAUUUGGAGAUAGGAAAAAUUCGGGACGUCAGAGUUUAGAAUGAAUAAAAUCUAAAAUUAAUAUUAAGAGGUAUAAAAAAUCGAGGAAUAUGGAAAUCUAAGAAUAUCCAAAGCGGAUUUGAAGAGAAAAAAGAAAAGAGGUGAAUAAACGUAGAGAAAAAUAAAAGCUUGAACAAUCCCUCGGAUUCGGGAUUUACGAACUCGGUUCCAAGGAGCUAAAUAUUUAGAAGGCUUCAGAAAUGCUGAGAGAAUAAGAAAUCGGCAGAAACUGACGAAACUUUCGUCAGCGGAGUAAUAGAUUAAUAAUCGUUUUUUACUGAAAGCUGCACAGUUCUAUCUAGCUGGUCUUUUUUUCGAUGUAACGCGCGAUUAUAUCGCCAAUGCAUGCCAGUGCAGCGAACAAUUAGAAAAUCAGCAAAACUCGCGUGGAUCGCGGCGCAACCGUAGUUACAGUAUUAUUACGUCACUUUUGUAUCAGCCUAACCCAGAUAUUUCAUCAGGAAGAGUGAAAAGCUUAACUCGUUGGAUCACUGAUUUUUCGUACCGUCACUGUGAACUGCCAUAAACGCUUUUUGAAAAGAAUUUUUUGUAUAUAUACAAAAAUUUAAUGAAUAGUAAAUUUUUGGAAAUAAUAAAUUAAUAAAUACA